AACGUUAAAAGAGGAGUGUAAAUAAUAAUAAUAAUAUAUUACCGUAAUCACAACAGUUCCUCCAUCACAGCCUAUUUUUUGUAUGAGCACUAACUGUAUGAAAAAAAGGUUUUUGGGCCACACAAAGAUUAGCUUUUAGAUGAUAAAAAUUAACAAUUGAAGGUAGGCCUUAACAUUUUCAAGCCACUAUCACAAUGCUAACACACACUGGUCACAGAACAGAUGAGUCAGGAAACCCGGUCUCCAUGGAGACAGUAAACAGCAGGCAGGGACACAGUUGAAACAUUAGCCCCAGACUGCCAAGGAAACUAACUCUUCCUGGACAGAUGGCGAAUUCCCAGCAAACAUCUAAUCCCGUCAACUUUGUGCAUCAGGAUGAAAUCUGGAAAGCACAUCUAAAAACUGAGAAGGAUUCAGCAGAUCUUUGGCCCCACAAGUGGGGCUUCCUGGCUGACGUCUACAAGGAGUAUGAGGAGGAGAACGCAAAGCUGAUGGAAAGCAUUAAAGGGGGGCCUCUUCAGCAAAGCACUAGGUCUCAAACCCCUCCAGGAAAGAACACACACGUUAACCCUUCCCCUCCUAUUCCUAAGACAAGUCAGGGUUUCGUUGGUUGGCGUUCUGGUCACGCACAUCUUCAGCUGGAGAAGUACAACAUGGUGAACCACAGGAGACGCCGCCUUCAUUAAGGAAAUUGCAGCUAAAUGGGGCCGACUACAACAAAUGUCUUCACUUGUUACCAGAUCUGUGCCUAGAGUAAAUUAAAAUAUACAUUGGUAAA